AUGUCCUGCAUAAAAGACGACGAGCCAUCGCCCUUUCCACCCCUCAAACACUCACCAUCGAACAAAGGCUUCACCCACCUUGCUACUGAUGGAGUGUACCGCAGUUUUAGCUCGAGUGGCGAGGUAAUAGAUUAUAAGCAAUUAAGCCCCGAGGAAAUUACAAAGAUGCUGGAAUUUUUUGGAAAACAUAUUGAUAAAGAGGCUUUCGAGAAGGGUAGGAAGAAAUUUGAGGGCAUGGACGGCAGAAAUGUGACUGAUUUGGAGCAACUGCUUCAUCCAGGACCAGAUAUUGGUCCAGCGAGAUUUAAAAAGUGA